GAUUCGUGCUCAGACGGCGGCUGCUGUGUUCCGCGGCCGGCAGCGCACAACGCCGGGCACACCACCGCCCGCCAACAAACAUGGAAGCCGCCGUCGACCUGCUGACCGGUGCACCGAGCAGAGCCGCGGCGGCCGCCGCCACGGCGAACUCCGGCGCGCUCUCCAACGCCACCUUGGCCCGGGACCCGCGCACCACAACAUGGCCGCUCGCCGGCAACCCGCCGCUCAUCGGCGCCCUCCUGCUGAGCUACGUGUACCUCGUCAAGGUGGGCGGGCCGCGCUUCAUGCGCGACCGCAAGCCGUACAACCUGCGCCGCGUCAUCCUCGUCUACAACGCGACCAUGGUGCUCCUCAACGCGUACUUCGUGGUCAACUUUCUGUCGCGCUCCUACCUGGGCGGCGGCUACAACGUGCUCUGCCAGGGCAUUCGCUUCGACGCCGACCCACGCACCCUCGAGCUGGUGUCGUUGUGCUGGUGGUACCUGCUGGUGCGCAUCGCCGACUUCUUAGACACCGUGUUCUUCGUGCUGCGCAAGAAAGAGUCGCACGUCUCCUUCCUGCACGUGGUCCACCACGUCCUUGUGGUCUUCAACGGCUGGUUCGGCCUCUCGUACGGGCCCGACGGUCAGGUGAUGUUCUGCAUCUGCCUGAACAGUUUCGUGCACGUCAUCAUGUACACCUACUACUUCCUGUCACUGUUCGGGCCACGCGUCCAGAAGCACCUCUGGUGGAAGCGCUACCUGACGCAGCUCCAGUUGGCGCAGUUCAUCCUCAUCUUCGUGCACAGCACCAUACCGCUAUUCAAGGACUGCGGAUACCCGCGGCCGCACACGUUCAUCGUGCUCUCCGAGUCCGUGCUGUUUUUCGGCAUGUUUGUGCGCUUCUACCGUGGCGCCUACAAGAACAAGCAGCCUGCCAAGGCAGCCUGAGAGCGUUUACUGCGUCGUACUCCAUCUCGAAGUGGGUCGGAGAGUCUUUUUUGUCAUGGCUAACAUGUUACGGCAGAUGGCUGACACCUACAGUAGCUGCGAAAGUGUUGCCGUGUACGAAGCCAGGCAGGAAGCACAGCGGCAGUUUGUACGGUUGAUUGACUAACGGUCCACAUCAAGACGUCGUUCUAAUAGAGUAAGGGAAGCGAUCAUUGAUCUGCUUUUCAGUGAGCUAUCGUUUUCUACUUGUUUGGCAGAGACGCAGAGCAAUGCAGCGGCCAGUUUGGCAAACGCCUUUAGCCAGCUGGUAUGUUUUCUUCUACAAAUUAUUUUUCUGUCAACGUGUUAGGCUCUUUAGUAUAAUGACAUUACCACAUCGAUCAAAUUUACGGAUUGCGCAAGCUUGCCUAGGAGGAGGAGAAAGAGGAUGCUAGCUAUGGGCGCCAUCCUCCAUAAGCUCGGCUGUUGAGGCUUGUUAAUAGAUUUCUAGAUGCUACGUAGUACAUGACGUUUUUCGCAGCGGCUCUGAAACUUGACCAGGCAGUUGGGUAUUCUUGUGUUCCUGUUCCUCGACGCAGUCAUGCUGCUUGUGGGAGUUUUAGUUUCGUUUGCCAGCGAGCAUCAGCCGCAUAGCCAUUGUCUAAGGCGAGCUGAUUACCGACAUAAUGCUGGACGGUCAACAUCGUCUGCUAACCAAUUAAGUUUUGAAAGGAACGUGCCCUUGCAGAUCCGGCUUCACUUUGGUGGACAGGCGGUAACUUCCAAGCUCCGCGUUCUCGCAGAGACGGCUGCACAAGUUUGAGUUAUUAAGCAAAACUAUUCAGCGUCCAUGAGGCUAAGCGCUAGCCGACUCGUGUAUUAACUUGAAGUACGGCAUGCUGCAUGAUUCCUGAAGUCCUUCCAGAAUGGAUAUUUAACUCGACGGCCAAAGUCAUUUUUUCUAAACACAUAAGGAAGUCACAACUUGAUGUGUGAUGCGAACUAUAUAAGCAUGUGACAAAUUUAGAACAUGCAUCCUUAGGCGCAUGGUGAAUGUUCCACACCUUCUUUUAGAGACCAAACAGGUUUCAGUACAUUCAGUGGAUCCAUAUUUUUAAAUCCUCACUUGAUGUCACCUACACAUGCUUCCUGUGGACCAUACCUGACUAGCAUAGCUGAACAGUAUAGCGAAGACAAUUAUCCCGCAACGUGUACAAUCUGUCAAGAGAAGAACGAUACAUAGCAAUGACUACCAGGGCUAUGCCAGGUGAAGUGUUAACAACUAGGAGAAAACUCUGACGAACUGUAUUGAACAAAGCGAUCUGCUUAGUGUGCCACGAACAACGCCACUAAAGUCAUUGAUGAAACAAAAAUGCAGCGCAAGUGGCCUGUGCCUCACGAACGUUCUAGGGUUCUAAGUCUGCAACACCAGUAUGGGCCGAAGGUGGACGUUUCAUUUUCACCGAUGCGUCGUUGUCGAUGUUAAAGUUUUACCAUACAGCGUUGCAACCACUUACGUGCGAAGCGGGAGAGGGGGAUAUGGCCGGGUGCAUUAACGAACCAAGUGGAGUAAACAGCUGACCACGCAACGCCGUUAGAAGGCGGACUGACCUCCGGCGAGCUAGAAGAGUUUAAGCCAAAGUAUAGGCAUAGCAAAAACUAACACUCGAUAUUCUCCUACAGAGAGGUCUGCUGCACGCUUCUAUUGGUGUGGCACACCUGCCGCGUUCAUUUAGAGUAAGAACUGUACUAUACGACGUCAGAGGAAACCUGGCAAGAGGGCCUUUCAGGAUGCGUGGCAGUAUCAAGACGCAAUGCAAAGAAUGAACGUGGAACGUGUCACCAGAGAUUGACAAAUUCAUCUUGGGCCGAGGCCGUAUCAGAAAACGCUGCAGGGUUGUGAUGGCACUCCGAUGUUACGGGAUGCCAGAAAGAAAACAGUGGUAAGAGAGGAAGUCAGACCCGCUGCCCACUGUAGGACCCUUGUGGAAGCGUAGUGAACUUGUGUGGUGCUUCCUGAGAAAUACCUUUCCUGGAGUACAGCUGCCCCGACUCCUGCAGUCCGAAUUCGUGAAACACAUGCUACCUGUGCGUGCAGUGACUGCUUGGGGCGCAUGUGUGGUACUACUUCAUGUCUUUCGAGCGUACCGGGUGUGCGACCUUGCGGAGAGUUCUCGCCCCUGACACUGACCAAGCCAGAAAAUGCCUUAGCGCAUCACGCUACGGGGCAUGAUUCUGUUCCUUUUUCUUGGUGGGUUUAGGUCUUGAAGCCAAAAAGACAAAAAGAAGAAGGCACUGCUUUACUUCCAUCCAGGAGCCGAGCUUUAGCCGUGAUAAACGUCUUGCCAUGUUGUGAGGCACGUUUGAACAAUAUGUGUGUGCGUGUGUGUGCGUUUGGCUGUUGGGACGAUACGCGAUAUAAUAUUAUGCAUAGCGAUUCAUUGUAUGUGUACCUGUUUUGUGACCUACGUGAUGUUGGUUAAAGUGAGAGAACACCCAUUCUUCAAGGCGUCUGCUUGUUGUCUUUCCGCUAACUAUGGCGCGGGCACGAGGUGGUUUGAAAGCGCUCAUCAAGGGCGCAGCUUUUACGUUCACCAACGUUGGUCACUACAUGUAGAUAUCAAAGAAAAAAAUGAGAAAAGAUUGGAAAAAAGCACGAUUUAUUUUCUGCAGUAAAUAAUAAAGAAACAAGAUAUUCCCAAUUUCCUGAUUCAAUUUUUAAGUGUUAUAAAUUGAUUUUGUCGCCAUUUGGACCUGAAGGCAACUGUUCCCU